GCUAAAUAUGGAGUCAGUUCUCAAGUCUCUAUUUGUUCUCCUUGUGGCUACCUCAUUUACUCUAGCCAAAGAGAUACCAGCAAAAGUCUCAAAGCCACAAACACUCUCCAGAGGAUGGGGCGAUAAUCUCGAGUGGGUUCAGACGUAUGAGGAAGGCUUGUACAAAGCAAAAGCAGAGAACAAACCAUUGAUGCUUAUUAACCACAGAAACGACUGUCCUCAUUCUCUAGCUCUGAAGAAAGCAUUUGCUGAACACCAAGGUAUCCAGAAACUGGCAGAAGAGUUUAUUCUUCUCAAUGUUGUUUAUGACCCCACAGAUAAGAACCUUCAGCUUGAUGGUCAGUAUGUUCCCAAGAUUAUAUUUGUAGAUCCAUCCCUGGUUGUCAGAGCAGAUCUUCCUGGGAAAUACUCCAACCACCAGUACACCUAUGAACCAGCUGAUAUUGAUCAUUUGUUUGAGAACAUGAAGAAAGCUUUGGUACUGCUGAAAACAGAACUGUAAAAGGAAUAUAUCACAGGAGAUUUGAUUGCGAAUCGACUAUGAUUAUUGCGGAGGUGUAUACUAACGUAAUGUCGCAAUAUGUACAACAUACAAAUUUAGCGGUGUAUGAAGGAAACCAUUGUUUUGUUUUUUUAAAUGUGUUACAUUUGCUUCAACUGGACGCAAAUUGAUUUUUUAAAAUAAAUCUGCCUGGGGUUAUUUAUAAAUGA